AAAUAAACUUUAUUUUUGGAAGCUGUUAGAAUAAUAUGGUUGCAAUGGCAACUGAAAGUAGAAAACGAACAGUCGAAGACACUGAUAGUGGCAGUGCUAAAAAAGCAAAGAAAAAAUCAUCUUCGCAUUAUGAUUGUGAAGUCACCUGUUUAGAUGGAUCCAAGUUAAAUCUAACUGUGAAUAAAUCUGGAAAAGGGGAAGUCCUUUUUAUGAAGAUCAUUGAAGACCUAUCGAUUACUGAAAAAGAAUAUAUGGGCUUGUUAUUCAACGAUGAUAAAGGUGUCAAGGUUUGGCUUGAUAUUCAUAAGGACAUGAAGCAUCAAUUAAAAGAUGCGAAACCCAAUUUCGAACUAAGGGUAAAGUUUUAUGAACCUGAGCCUACAAGAUUGCAAGAUGAGUACAUGAGAUAUCUUCUUUAUUUGCAACUGAGAGAAGACAUUACUAUGGGGAGAUUGGUCUGCUCUGACAAUAUAUACGUUACAUUAGGAGCAUAUACAGCACAAGCUGAACUUGGAGAUUUCCAUCUGUCAGAACAUGAUCAUAAUUACCUGGAUGACUAUGAUUUUGCACCAGAAAAGAGUGCCACAAUGAACAAAAAUAUUCAUGAAUUGCAUAAAGAACACAGGGGUCAGACACCUGCUCAGGCUGAGUUAAACUUUUUGGAAGUUGCGAAAAAAAUUCCACUUUAUGGUGUUGAUAUACAUCAUGCCCAUGAUGUAGAAGGUCCAGUUGACAUAGGAAUGGCUGCACUUGGUAUAAACAUAUACCGCAAUGAUCAACGUGAAUGCCUUUUUAAAUGGCAGUCAGUAGAUGCAAUUUUGUACAACAGAAGAAAGUUUACUGUGAAGUUAAAGGAGCCGCUGGAAAACGACCACAACAAGGAGAACAAACCAAAUUUGACAUACAUUUACUAUUCAGAUUCAGCCAAAGAAUGUAAACAAUGUUACAAGUCUGCAGUGGAGUACCACACCUUUUUCCGCUUGACACGUCCUGAUGCACCACGGAAGAAGGCUGAUAAAUUAAAACUUGGUUCAAGUUUUCGAUACAGUGACCGAACACUGUACCAAUUGAGACACAAGCCAAGUUUUAAUGAUAGUAAUGUGAGUGAUACAUCGUUUAAUCGAACACCAAGUAAAAGAAGACCAAAGCCUGAUCUGAAGGAAGUGUCAGAAGAAGAAUCUCCUAUGCAAUAUGAAGAAAUUGAAAUGGAUGAAUCCAAUCCAGAUGAUGAUAAAUAUGAUCCAAAGGAAUGGGAAGUUGUUGAGAAGACGCUUCCUGAUGGAACAAAAAAAAGAUACAGAAGAAGGGUUAUUAUUGUAAAGCCCAAUAAGAACAAAAAUGAUAUACCAAUGGUUGAAGAAACUCCUUUAGGGCAUGAGCUAAUUCCCAUUGAUGAAUCAAAUCCUGAGGAUGAGAAAUACAACCCAAAGGAUUGGGUUAUCGUGGAAAAAACACUUCCAGAUGGUACAAAGAAACGAUACAGACAAAGAAGACCUGGAGGAAAUGUUCCAAUGGUUGAAGAAGGUCCUGUUUACUAUCAAGAGGAAAAAGUUGAUGAAAACAAUCCAGAAGAUGACAAGCAUGAUCCAGAGGAAUGGGCCACUGUUGAAAAGAAACUUCCUGAUGGUACAAAGAAGAAGUACCGCAGAAGGAUUAUAACAGUGACAAGAAAAGGUGAAGACGAUCCUAUGAAUGAUCAAGUUACUAUUCCAUUUAAAGAAGUUGAAAUUGAUGAAAGAAACCCAGAAGAUGAAAAAUAUGAUCCAAAGGAAUGGGAGACGAUUGAGAAAAAAACUCCGCGUGGAAAAAAGAAAAGACUUCGACGAAAAAAGAUUCAUAUUGUUAAUGUUGUUGCAAGAAGACCAUUGGAAGAUGGAAAGCCAGACAAUUCUUCUGUUACUGUUGUGGAAAGCCCCUUUGAUUACGAAGAAGUUGAGCUCACUGAAGCAAAUCCAAACGAUGAAAAUUUUGAUCCAGAGUUAUUUGAAGUUGUAGAAAAACCUCAGCCUGAUGGAACAAAGAAAAGAUUUAGGAGAAGAAUUAUAAUUUUAACUAAACCUAAACUAAGUGAUGACAAGAAAGAUGUAGAAAGUAAAGAUGGUAUCAUUCCGAUGAUUGAAGAAUCUCCAAUUCGUUAUGAAGAAGUUGAUGUUGACCAUGCACAUCCAGAGAAUGAUGAUCAAUUUAAACCACAGGACUGGGAUAUUGUGGAAACAACCGAUCCUGAUGGUAAUAAGAAGAAACUGAGAAGAAGAGUCAUCGUUGUGACUACGUUAAAGAAAAGAAAAGGAGAUAAUGACGAUGUUCCAAUGGUUGAAGAAGGUCCCGUUAGUUAUCAAGAGGAAGAAGUUAAUGAAAACAAUCCUCAAGAUGGCAAGUAUGAUCCAGAGGAAUGGGCCACUGUUGAAAAGAAACUUCCUGAUGGUACAAAGAAGAAGUGCCGCAGAAGGAUUAUAACAGUGACAAGAAUAGGUGAAGACGAUCCUGUGAAUGAUGAAGAUAAUAUUCCAUUUGAAGAAGUUGAAAUUGAUGAAAGAAACCCAGAAGAUGAAAAAUAUGAUCCAAAGGAAUGGGAGACGAUUGAGAAAAAAACUCCGGGUGGAAAAAAGAAAAGACUUCGAAGAAGAAAGAUUCGUAUUGUUAAUGUUGUUGCAAGAAGACCAUUGGAAGAUGACAAGCCAGACAAUUCUUCUCUUACUGUUGUGGAAAGCCCCUUUGAUCACGAAGAAGUUGAGCUCACUGAAACAAAUCCAAAAGAUGAGAAUUUUGAUCCAGAGUUAUUUGAAGUUGUAGAAAAACCUCAACCUGAUGGAACAAAGAAAAGAUUUAGGAGAAGAAUUAUAGUUUUAAUUAAACCUAAACUAAGUGAUGACAAGAAAGAUGUAGAAAGUAAAGAUGGUAUCAUUCCGAUGAUUGAAGAAUCUCCAAUUCGUUAUGAAGAAGUUGAUGUUGACCAUGUACAUCCAGAGAAUGAUGAUCAGUUUAAACCACAGGACUGGGAAAUAGUGGAUAAAAUCGACCCUGAUGGUAAUAAAAAGAAACUGAGAAGAAGAGUCAUCGUUGUGACUACGUUAAAGAAAAGAAAAGGAGAUAAUGAUGAUGUUCCAAUGGUUGAAGAAGGUCCUGUUUGCUAUCAAGAGGAAGAAGUUAAUGAAAACAAUCCUCAAGAUGGCAAGUAUGAUCCAGAGGAAUGGGCCACUGUUGAAAAGAAACUUCCUGAUGGUACAAAGAAGAAGUACCGCAGAAGGAUUAUAACAGUGACAAGAAAAGGUGAAGACGAUCCUAUGAAUGAUCAAGUUACUAUUCCAUUUGAAGAAGUUGAAAUUGAUGAAAGAAACCCAGAAGAUGAAAAAUAUGAUCCAAAGGAAUGGGAGACGAUUGAGAAAAAAACUCCGCGUGGAAAAAAGAAAAGACUUCGACGAAAAAAGAUUCAUAUUGUUAAUGUUGUUGCAAGAAGACCAUUGGAAGAUGGAAAGCCAGACAAUUCUUCUGUUACUGUUGUGGAAAGCCCCUUUGAUUACGAAGAAGUUGAGCUCACUGAAGCAAAUCCAAACGAUGAAAAUUUUGAUCCAGAGUUAUUUGAAGUUGUAGAAAAACCUCAGCCUGAUGGAACAAAGAAAAGAUUUAGGAGAAGAAUUAUAAUUUUAACUAAACCUAAACUAAGUGAUGACAAGAAAGAUGUAGAAAGUAAAGAUGGUAUCAUUCCGAUGAUUGAAGAAUCUCCAAUUCGUUAUGAAGAAGUUGAUGUUGACCACGCACAUCCAGAGAAUGAUGAUCAGUUUAAAUCACAGGACUGGGAAAUUGUGGAUAAAAUCGACCCUGAUGGUAAUGAAAAGGAGAUAAGAAGAAGAGUCAUUGUUGUGACUACAUUAAAGAAGAGAAAAGGGGAUAGUGAUAAUGUUCCAAUGGUUGAAGAAGGUCCUAUUGAGUAUGAAGAAGUUGAAAUUGAUGAAUCGAAUCCUGAGGAUGAGAAAUAUAAUCCUAAGGAUUGGGAAGUUGUUGAAAAAACACUACCUAAUGGAACGAAGAAAAGAUACAGAAGAAGAAUCAUUGUGAUUGCUGUUGCUAGGAAAAAUAAACCUGAUGACGUCACAUCGAUAGUUGAUAAAGCUCCAAUUCAAUAUGAAGAAGUUGAAAUCGAUGAAUCAAAUCCUGAGGAUGAGAAAUACGAUCCAAAGGAUUGGGAAGUAGUGGAAAAAACUCUUCCUGAUGGUUCAAAGAAAAGAGUUAGACGCCGCAUUGUUGUCAUCUCUGUCAUAAGGAAAAACAAACCAAAAGAUGAUGACAGUGUUGUUGAAGAAGCUCCAAUUCAAUUCGAAGAAGUCGAAAUUGAUGAAUCUAACCCUGAAGAUGAAAAAUAUGACCCAAAGGAUUGGGAAGUAGUGGAAAAAACUCUUCCUGAUGGUUCAAAGAAAAGAGUUAGACGCCGCAUUGUUGUCAUCUCUGUCAUAAGGAAAAACAAGCCGAAGGAUGAUGACAGUGUUGUUGAAGAAGCUCCAAUUCAAUACGAAGAAGUAGAAAUUGAUGAAUCUAACCCUGAAGAUGAAAAAUAUGACCCAAAGGAUUGGGAAGUAGUGGAAAAAACUCUUCCUGAUGGUUCAAAGAAAAGAGUUAGACGCCGCAUUGUUGUCAUCUCUGUCAUAAGGAAAAACAAGCCGAAGGAUGAUGACAGUGUUGUUGAAGAAGCUCCAAUUCAAUACGAAGAAGUAGAAAUUGAUGAAUCAAAUCCUGAAGAUGAAAAAUAUGACCCAAAGGAAUGGGAAGUUGUUGAGAAAACUCUUCCAGACGGUACCAAAAAGAAAGUUAGACGGAGAGUAGUUAUAGUGUUAUUGGUGGCUGGAAAGAAAGGCAAAGACCUUCCAUUGGUGGAAGAACGACCUGUUGUUUAUGAAGAAAUGGAAGUUGAUGAUGAAGAAGAACCAGAUGAUAAUAAUCUCGAUCCUGAUGAAUGGGAAGUUAUUGAGAAGAAUCUCCCUAAUGGCGAAAAGAAAAAAUACCGAAGAAGACUGGUCAAUGUGAUUCUCACUAAGAAAGGUGAAGACGAUCCUAUGCUUGAUGAAGCACAUAUUCCAUAUGAAGAAAUCGAAAUUGAUGAAACCAAUCCAUCAGAUGGUAGAUAUGACCCUGAGGAAUAUGAAACUGUCGAAACAACACGCCCAGAUGGCACUAAGAGAAGAGUGGUGCGCAAGAAGGUUGUACUUGUUAAAGUAACCGCUAUUAAGCCCAAGACAGAUGAUAAGAAUGCGAUUGUUGCACCAGUGAUGGUUGUUGAAACGCCCUUCAAUGAAGAGGUGCCCAUAGACGAAAAUGAUCCACAAGAUGAUAAGUUUAACCCCGAGGAUUGGGAAGUUGUAGAAAAAUCUCAACCUGAUGGAACAAAGAAAAGAUUUAGGAGAAGAAUUAUAGUUUUAACUAAACCUAAACUAAGUGAUGACAAGAAAGAUGUAGAAAGUAAAGAUGGUAUCAUUCCGAUGAUUGAAGAAUCUCCAAUUCGUUAUGAAGAAGUUGAUGUUGACCAUGCACAUCCAGAGAAUGAUGAUCAGUUUAAACCACAGGAUUGGGAUAUAGUAGAGAAAACGCUUCCAGAUGGUACGAAGAAAGUUUUCCGUCGAAGAGUUAUCACUGUGGCAACUAUCAAGAAAAGAAACGGAAAAGCUGAUGACGUCAUGCCGAAGGUGUCAGAAGCACCAAUUCAAUUUGAGGAGGUUGAAGUUGAUGAAUCAAAUCCUGAAGAUGAGAAAUACGAUCCUAUUGAUUGGGAAAUUGUUCGAAGAACUCGCCCUGAUGGUGUAAGAAUUCGAGUGAGACGUCGAGUUGUAUCUAUCACUGUUGUUAAAAAACCAAAACAACCGGAAGACCAGCCAAUAGUGGAAGAAACACCAUUACAGUAUGAAGAAAUUGAGAUUGACGAGACUAACCCAGAAGACGAGAAAUACGAUCCAAAGGAUUGGGAAGUUGUCGAAAAAACACUACCUGAUGGAACGAAGAAAAGAUACAGAAGAAGAAUCAUUGUAAUUUCUAUUGGCAGAAAAAAUAAACCUGAUGACGUCACUCCAAUAGUUAACGAAGCUCCAGUUCAAUAUGAAGAAGUUGAAAUCGAUGAAUCAAACCCUGAAGAUGAGAAAUACGAUCCAGAGGAUUGGGAAAUUGUUGAAAAGGAACUCCCUGAUGGAACAAAAAAGCGAUAUCGACGACGUAUUAUAACUAUCGUUACAACGACGACAACGACGUAUAUUGUUCACCCUGAUGGCAGACAAGAAGAAGUGUCCACGGAGACAUCACCAGUUGUCACUGUUCUUAAUGGACCUGAUGGUAAAAGUGAAAAACUACCAGAUGAUUACGUUAUUGUCUCUGAAAACACCACUACAACGGAGAGUGGUUUAGAAGAACUCGAUGGAGAAGUGCAACUGCCUGUACUCGACGUCAACAUGGACGACAUCCUAACUGAAAUAAAUGCCAUGUCUCGAAGUUUGGAUGAUGAAGGCAAAGGAGUAGACAAGCCUCAGAAAAUCAAAGAAAACGACAAGCUGAAGACGUUGGAUGAUGAAAUGCAAAAAUUGCAACUGGAACAAGAUGAGGAGACGGAAGAGGAACGUCGAAAAAGGGAGGAAGACCGAAGAAGAAGAAGUGAGGAAGAGAAGAGACUAGGCGAAGAUCUGAAUGCAACUAUCGACAGUAUUUUCACACUACCUGAAGAAGAACUCGCGGAAAGACCAGAACGACCUCGUUUCCAAGAUAUAUCGUUUGAAAUACCGGAAGAUCACAUAAAAGUUGAAAGUGACGACGAUUUAGAAUUUGUCAGUGUCGCAGAUGCCGAGUAUAUCGGCAUUGAUACCGACGAAAUGAUUAGAACAGCGUCUUUGUUACGACAAAAGAAAGAGGAUGAAAAGAAAACAAAACCCACAGCAAUCGUAAAACCAAAACCGGCAAAAAGAUCAGCCACCGUGCCAAACCAACGCGCAUCUACUGGUGAUAUCGUAACCCCAAGAAAAUUAUCGGCUGGUCCAAAACCCGCACGUCCGUUAUCUAACGUUGGUUUGGAUCAGAGUGACUACCAUCGUCCCCAUGAGUCAGGAAGUUCUCAAAUCAUCUACACUGUUACCGAUGUCUCAAAUGUGGAACAAGGUGCAGGGGGCUUCGUGCGAGCUGUGAAAGCUAAACAUGAAGGCAUUGCUACGGAGGAGGAGAAAUCUGUCCGUCGUUCAUCGAGAGUUUCGUCAGACGGCGAACCACCAUACACACCAAAAGGACAUGUGCCCACUCGUACCGUCAGUUUCGACGAGAACGAUAAAGCGAAAGUUAUUCGAACAAAAGCACCGCCUGCUGUAGCAGCCAAACCCACCGUUAUCGUACCGGCCACUUCGGAGUUACCAGAUGAGGAAGUGGUGUUCGAAGUUAACCAGAUUCCUGAAGAAUCGCAUCCCGACAUCGAACACGACAUUAUCGAGCCGACAGACCUCCCUCAGGUCGAAACUCAACCCGUCAUUUUCCGACCAAUCGAGGAUGACGUUAAAGUUGUCCCUGUAGGAGACGAACCAGACAUAGUUGAAACACAUGUUGUUCACAUCGUCCCACAAACUGAAUCUAGAACCAUCGAAACUAUUCACGUUUUUCCUCCUGAUGUUAACACUCACGAAACAGAAAGUCAAUGCAUCGUCACAACACACACGCUUCCAACUGAAGUUAUCACAAAAACCAUCACCAUCGAAGGCGACACGGAGAACAUGACGCCCGAAGAGCUACAAAAACUCAUUGCGGAAGCAGGUGGAGACUCCGAGUCAAUCGAAACAUCGACAUAUACGCAAGUUGUCAAGACAACUACUGUUCAAAAAGUAAUCACUGGCCAAACGAUCACUGUAACUGGUGAUGGAACAGAAGAAGAAAUGAACAGGGACGUACAACUUGAUGACAACGAGGCAGUAGCCGCUAUGAUUCGAAACGCUGUUGAAAGCGCAAACGAAAAUGCCGGUGACGACAGAACAAUUGUGUUAACGGCCGUUCAAACAUACGAAGAAGAAGUUGACGACGAGGACGAACAUGGUGACACGGAAAUUUAAAACUAAUUAUAAUAAUUUAACCUUUUGUAUAUAAAGUAUCACUGGUUGAUAUUUCUUUCCAACCUUAUUUUACUAUCUUUUUAACGACAAGUCUUGACGAUAAUAAAUAAUUUUAGUGGGA